CAUUACCUCAAACAUAUCAAAACUAUUAGCAUACACUAAUAUUAAGCUCUAGCUCCAAAAAAAAUGGCUUCCAUCAAUUUCUGGUCAUUCAUUUUACCACUUCUACUCAUAACUUUUUCAUCAAUGACAAAUGUUGAAGGGGCACGUGACCUACAAAAAGUGGUUGAAGUUUCCAAAGUUGAGUUGCCACCACUACCUACUCUUCCAUUGCCACUUACAGAACCACAAUUGCCACCAAUUCCAAACUUAGGUGUUCUAAUUCCUGAUAUUCCUGUUGUACCAACUAUCCCUCAAAUUCCUCAAAUUCCAACUGUGCCUCAAAUACCUCAAAUUCUUAAGCCAGAGCUACCUAUUGUGCCUAAACCAUAAGUGCCU